AUGGCAGCAAACCCCUCCUUUGAAGAUCGAGCUGAUCAUGAAGCGACUGACCGGGGCUUCAUUGCUGCACUGGAACCCGGCAUCAUCAAAGAUGCCACGGGAAAAAUAGUAUGGAACAUUGAUGCAUACGAUUUUAUGAAAGCCGAAUGCCCGCCGACAGCGCACCCCAAUCUCUGGCGCCAAGGUCAACUUAACUCCAAACAUGGACUAUACGAGAUCUGCGAAGGAAUUUACCAUGUCCGCGCCUACGAUCUAUCAAACAUGACGAUCGUAGAAGGCAAAGAGGGAAUCAUCAUCAUUGACCCCUUAGUAUCAUGUGAAUGUGCCGCCGCCGGCUUGGCUUUGUACCAAGAGCACCGCGGAAAGGGCAAGAAAGUCACAGGCAUGAUCUACUCCCACUCGCAUGGAGACCACUACAUGGGCGCUGGCGGAGUAAUUGCCCAAGACGCCGACAUUCCCAUCAUCGCACCGGAGGGUUUCCUUGAAGCUAUCAUGAGCGAAAGCAUUCUCGCUGGACCGGCAAUGCGCAAGCGCGGCGCACGCAUGUACGGAAAUGCACUACCCCGCUGCGCGACAGGUCAAAUCGGCACUGGUCUCGGAAUGGGAUCGAGUGUCGGAACGACAAGUCUUAUCCCGCCGAACCUGCUCAUCCAAGAAACGGGUGAAGUACACGAAGUGGACGGCGUGAAGAUUGUCUUCCAGAUGGUUCCUGGAUCCGAAGCGCCUGCCGAGAUUAACUUCUUCUUCCCUGAUUACAAGGCACUCUGUAUCCCUGAGACAGCGACAAAUUGCAUGCACAAUAUCGUUACGCUGCGGGGUGCGCAGGUGCGGGAUGCGAAGGCUUGGUCUGGAUACCUGGAUGAAGCAAUUGUUAUGUUUGGACGGGAUUCAGAUGUGCUUUUUGGAAGUCAUAACUGGCCGACUUGGGGCCGCAAGGAGCUCGUUACAAGGCUUGAGGAGCAAAGAGAUUUGUACGGAUAUUUGCAUGAUCAGACCGUUCGAAUGAUGAAUUUGGGUAUGACCGGUAUUGAGAUUGCGGAAACCAUGCAGCUUCCUCCGGCGAUCUCGAGGGCCUGGCAUUGUCGCGGGUUCUAUGGAUCUUUGAGCCAUAAUGUGAAGGGUAUCUACCAAAAAUACAUGACUUGGUUCGAUGGGCGUCCCGAGAACCUGUGGAAGUACCCACCCACGGAAGAGGGACAGCGCUAUGUGGAGUGCUUUGGCGGUGUUGAUGGUUUAUGUGACAAGGCCGAGACAUUCAUCCAGAGAGGCGACAGCCGAUUCGCAGCAACCAUCUUAGCGCAUGCCGUGGCCGCAAACCCAGAAAAUCCAGAAAAACGGGCCAAAUUACUUCUUGCUUCUGCGUACGAAGCUCUGGGAUUCGGAUCAGAGAAUGCAACAUGGCGCAACUUCUACCUGACCAGCGCCCAAGAGCUUCGCAAUGGUGCCAAGGCUGGUAUGGUCGCAGGUGGUCGGACACAACUUGGCGAGAAGCUGAGCAUCGACCAGUGGUUCGAGGUUAUGUCUGUGCAAGUGGAUGGACAAAAGGCAGCAGAAUUAUCGUUUGUUAUUGAUUUUGAUGUCACGGACGUGAAGGAAAAGUGGCGGGUGAUUUUGAACAAUGGAGUUCUUACCCGGCGCCAGCUGCUGACCGCGGAUCAACUACGAGAUGCGAAGGAGAACGUGGCUGACUUUGCCAUGGUUGUUACUCGGAUGCAGCUGCUAGAGGUCAUCCGGGGUAAUAAGGUAGAUGUUGAGACGACGGGUAGAUCUCAAGCAUUGGAGCAGCUGCUCGAUUUGGUUCUGGUGCAGGAAGGAUCUGCUCGUGGGCCUAGUCAGCUAUGA